GAUGGCGAGUGACGAGAUCUGCUGAUGGGACUUGUAUUACCGUGGGCGAUGCAGCCGAAUCAUUUCAGUUUGGUGAUUCAACUAAAAGCGCAAAAUAUAAGCUGUCAAUAUCAAUCAGGACGAUUACAAGCCAGCUGAGAGGAGAAAGCCGAUCCCAAUUUCACCGUUAGGAUUUGGCUGACAUCAGCAUGCAGCUUAUUAAAUAAUCUAAUCUUCAUGGUAGUGAUCAGUGCGUUCCACCCCUAAAUAUGCGUGAUAAACAAAUGGCUUAUAUUUUGCAAAUUAUGCUCGUAUCAGUCGUAUAUGGUGCAAUGUGCACAAGCGCCCUGCUCAACGUCAGCGUGGUGGCUGUUUGUUACCGGGCGCCCAUCGGGUUUGGCUCGUUGGUGUAUCUGGGGCCCGCUUUAUCCGUGGCUACGGAAUAUGUUUCCAUCAAAUUCAAUACCACCAUGCGCUUCAAUCUGACCAUUUUAUCCGAUCCAGUGCGGACAACCUGUGCGGAUUUGAGUGAUAAUGCCGUCAGACUGGUGUCGGAAUGGCAUUACGGACAGCGCAAGAAAAACGACCUUACCGUCUUUAUCAUACCCGCUUGCGUCGAAACAACCGAGAUGCCGUAUUUUCAAUCCCAGUGGAACAAUGUAUGGAUUUCUACGACGUCCGUCAGUCCACAAAUCCGAAAUCGCCAGCUGUAUCCCACCUGGAUCGGCCUCAACUACUUCCCCUUAUCACAGUGCUCGCAGUUGUACGUGGCGCUCCUCAACAAAUACGCGUGGACGUCGGUGUUUUUCGUGAUCGACACCGCAUCGCCGCCGUUCUACAGCCUGUUAGCGACUGCACUGCUCGGUGAGCUCAGGAAGGAUCGCAGUAUGUCCAUCACCGUGCGCAGUAUUGCCACGACACCGGGGAAGCCCUAUGGACAAUUUGCAUCCCUUCUGGAUGAUAUACGCCAAGACAGCCGAGUUGUGCUGUACUUCGGCCAUGCGGCAUUUUUGCGAGAGUUUCUGGUCACUGCAGCUGCAAAACAAAUGACUAAUGGAGAAUAUGUCUAUAUUGCUGUGGAAAGUAUGAAAAAUAAAAUGCUCGGACUUAUGCACUGGCGCUACAAUGACAGCAACGACGAGGUCGCUUUUCAAGCUUUCCAAUCGCUUCUGGUCGUCCAACCGCGAAAUAUCUACGAUGGUCCCAACCCAACGCUUGGAGGUGAAUUCGUCAAAAGAUCGCAGAGGGAUUACAAUUUCACUUAUUCGCUUGCCGAUCAGGCGCUGAAUGAUUCUUUAUCGGCUGGAGAAAACCCAGCUGAUUUAACAGGGAUCACGUUGGUAAAGUACAUGUUAAACCGAACCUUCACGGAUGACAACGGGGGCGGCACCAUCUACGUGGAUGGUAAUGGGCAGCGGCGGGCUGAUUUCAUAAUAUCAUAUUUCACAUCCGGCGGCAGCCGUCAACCGUUUAUGCAAAAACUCGGAAAAUUCGAUGACCUGGAAGAGGUCACCAGGUUGACCAUAUGGGCUAACGCGACCUUCCCGCCACCAAACGAGCCAUUCUGUGGCUACAUGAAUCAGAAGAAAGUGUGCCAACCAGAGCGUGACACUCGCUUGAUACGAAACACCAUACUUAGUCUGGUUGGAGCAAUGGUAAUAGUCGCGGUCGCAAUGACGGUUUACAUAAGGAAAGAAAAGCGGAAAACCGUGGAGCGCAUAUUGUACGACCCGUGGUGGCAGGUGACCAUUGCCAGCAUUCCCGUUGCGAAACGCCACCAAUCGUCCGUCUCGACAUUCUUCGCUCCUGGUCCAGGGAAAAACGUACACGAUGACUCACAGACAAAUGAAGUGCAAGAAUCGAACCAAUCAUUUGCCGUCUACCGUGGAAAAUCCGUGCGGAUGGUAAAGAUAGGCCGGCGUGACUACAGCGUAACAUUCCAAGAAAUGUCCACACAUCAUAGCCUACUGGUUCUCUUACGAAAGUUCUACAGAUUAGAACAUCAAAAUCUCUGCCGGUUCCUGGGAAUAGCCAUAUCCCUGGACAAGUCUGGCGUCUACACGAUCUGCGCGGCGACGGAAUGUCCACCGCGCGGCACACUCCGCGAUAUACACAGCAGUCUGGCCACCAGAGAUUUUGCUUUUAUAAGCUCGCUCAUCGUCGAUUAUCUCGAGGCGCUGUGCUUUCUGCAUCAAUCUCCACUGCGCUAUCACGGUCGCAUCACACCGUUAACGUGCUGGAUUGACAAGCACUUCACACUGAAAAUAACCAAUUACGGAUUCGACCGGUUAAGCAUUGAGCUGUGCACCAGUUGCGAGAAAAUGGAGCCUGUCAGUGACAGUGAACUCACCGAGCCACUGUACUGGCUGACUCAAGAAAAGCCGAAUCCCGAUGAUACCAAAGCCAUGCAAGCGCUGGAUGUAUUUUCAUCCGGGUUCAUCAUCUAUGAGAUCCUCACCAAUGGAGCGUUAUUUCACAAGUUUCAAGCAUUGACUAAAGACGAACUAAACGAGUUGGUCUCUCGAAAUGGCAACCUUUACCACGGCGCAGUUGAAUUCACGAAUUUUGCCGCUUUCGAAAGUCUGCUGCGGUCAUGCUGGAUUGCCGAUCCACAGCAGCGACCCAGCAUGCCGCGUUUGCGGUCGCGCAUCGCCGACAUCUCGCCGUUACUCACGCUUAGUCGGACGAAAUUAAUUGAUAAGAUCUACAAGCGCCUCUCGGAUUAUUCCGAAGAUUUGGAAAAUUUGGUAGCAAACAGGACAUACAAUUUGCAGGAAGAGAUGAGCAAGUGUGAUGCGAUUAUUGGUCAAUUUUUACCACGGUCAAUCGUGAAGCAGUUACGUGUGGGUCGUGACGUGAUGCCUGAGCUGUUCGACUCAGUGACGGUGAUGUUCACGGACCUGUCGGGUUUUGUGGAUUUUGUUGAGGCGAACAGUCCGGAAAGUACGAUCAGUCUGAUCGGAGACACGGAGGCCUGCUUCGACCGGCUGUCAACGCGAUGCGAUGUGUACAAAGUGGAAGCUGUUGGAGAUUCGUAUUUGGUGGCCAGCGGAUUGCCAGAAAGAAUUGGUGAUAACCACGUUCAGCGGAUUGCCUUUUUCGCUUUAAAGCUUAUGGAAUUCGAGUCGCAGCUGACCUUUCUUAGAGCAUUACGGUUUAAGGUUGGAUUGCAUUCUGGUCCCUGUGCGGCGGGUGUCCUGGGACUGAGAAGACUACGCUAUUGUUUGUUUGGGGACACCGUCAAUUUAGCCUCGCGAAUGUGCAGUCAGGGUCUGCCGGGACGUGUACACGUUAGUUCGGAAUCCAAAACCUUACUGGAAAAUUUUCCCGAAUACAGCGUCGAUCGCCGGGGAACACUGGCCAUAAAGGGAACAUUCGAGAUGACCACUGUUCUCCGCUUGACGGGAACUCUGGAGAAUCUCGUGGAAGUUGUCUGCUACAAUCUAGUGGACAUCUUCGCCUUUCUGAUCGGGUUUACCAUGCUCUACAACUCCAGAACCAUCAUUACUAUUCAGACGCACAUUCUCCAGAUGGCGCAAGUGUAUCAAUGCGGUCGCGAUGUCGCCACUGUCGUCAUCACUGGCAUGUUCUCUCUAUCCCUCUUCGCGUAUAUGAUCUAUCAAGAUUUUAUUACCUUGUGUUUGUACAUCUGCAUCGUCGCCGGGUUCGGGUUUUCGGCAAUGCGCAGAAAUCUGAAUGCGCUGUUAACAACGGGGAAAGGCGAUAAAGCAGCCGUGGAAGCCGUGCUAAUCGAUCAUGCGGCUCUCGGUCGCGACAUACAGAAACUGGACCGCCGUAUGGCGGUGUUCUGCUUCUGUCUGUACGCGCAAAUUAUCAUGCUGUACAUGUGGGUUAUCAGCAGCGUGCAGAAUCUGCAUACGUACUCGGCCCAAGGUAUGUUGCCGUCGCUGAUAUUCGAGACAUUCCUGGUGGUCGCCGUUACCGCCGCGGCAAUCUUUGUCGCCGAACAGGCGGACAUUUCCAGAGAACUGCAGACACUGGUCGAUACGGAAGAAGACGACACCAGUAAACACGAUUCAUUUAUUCGGCUGUACGAAAUCACCAGUCAGCCCACGGUCUUCAGUGUCGCCAAUAUGAUCCCCAUUGACCGGAUAUUUGUGGCCAGCAUGAUCGGACUGUUCAUCAGUUAUGGGGUUUUGGUCACCGAGCUCGGAGACAACAAUACCGGCGGCGGCAGCAGCUUGGAAGACGCAAUGAAACUGGAAAUCUCCAAACUGAACUGCUCUUAUUGCGCUGGGCACUGUCAACUGUAG